UCUUUGCUGCAGAGUUAGAGUGAAGCAGUCGAUGCGCCACUAUGACGUCCAUCCCUGCUCUUCUCGCUCUCAGUCUAACAUCAGCACUCCUCAGCUGCUCAGCCGCACAAUCCUCCAUCCGCUGCAUAUGGACCAAAGUUUCUCCUAACGGCCAAGUCCAUGUCAGUUUCCUCCGUGGGGAUCCACUCGGGACCCCCCUGCGCCUGUACCACAGCGUGUGGUCCGGGGAGCGCGCGCUGUCCGGGUGCACCUGGAGCGAUGACGCAGCGCUCAUCCAGAGCUAUGCGUCUCUUUGCGGGGGGCGCACGCGCGGAUUUUCCGACCGUGCGGCUAAUAUGUUUGAUCUGGACUCUUUGCUUGACGCGGAUGAGUGCGUCUCUCUGGCCUCUCCGAGCUUUGAGGGGGAGAAACGGGGGAGACACGUGAGAAGCCUCGGGGAUCAGAGCGAGGAUGAAAGGUCAGAGGUCAGGAUACGCACGCGAGUAAAACGCGGCUUUAUUGUUCCUGGGACUCUGUGGUGCGGCUCAGGCAACAAAGCGCCAUCAUAUGCAGAUUUGGGAGUUUUUUCCGACACGGACAGCUGCUGCAGGGAACACGACCAGUGCAAACACACCAUCCUGUCCUUUCAAUCUGAGUUUGGCGUUUUCAAUAGCAACAUCUUUACCAUGUCUCACUGCGACUGCGAUAACAAGUUUCGCAGCUGUCUGAGGACGGCGAAUGACAGUAUAGCUGAUGUCGUGGGCUAUACCUUCUUCAACCUGUUGAAGAUGCACUGCUUCACCUUUUCACACCGCCUCCAGUGUGCUGAGAGGAACUGGUUUGGAAUGUGUAAAAAGACUCAGAUGGCGCUGUACGCUGACGUCCAUUCGCCCACGCAGUAUGAGUCGGCGCGCUCCGAAGACGAGGGCUGCAUGAACGGCUCCUGCUCUUACAUCAACUCCACUGCACCUGCAGAACUCCAGGAAACAAACACCUCAGAUCCACGCCUUCUCUCCACCACUGCAGCCACAUCCACGGUCCCUGCAGCUUCCUCCACUCCGUCCAUCACUGAUGGUACAAACUUCUCUGCUGGUAAAGCAUCAAUGGAUGCUAGAGAAAGUGUUACAGAGAACAAUUUACCUGCCAGACAUCGCGCUGGGACUCAGCAGUACUCCAAAUCUACAGAGGAGGAGAGCUCUUGCACUAUAUACAAGGAACUUGAUGAGUGUAAGAACAAGAUUCUACCCCAGCAGAGAAAAUAUGGCCUCCACAACACAGAAACGAAGAUGCUUUAUCACUGCAACUGUACAGCAAAACUGUUCCACACUGUGGCUCAAUGGAGACAGCUGAGCAAAGAGCAUGUUCUUCUGCUUGGACAUGUGGCUAAAUCCUGCUUCCUGCCACAGGACUGCACAGCAGGCAGCAACUGCACCGCAGUCCUGGUGAAAGCAGAACCUCCUCAGCUGCUUCAGAGGAAUGUCGCACAAGUGGAACAACAGCGCCAUCUACAGAUCGUGAAGCCGAAGGUCAGAAGGCUGGAGAUGAGGAAAGAAAAGAGAGAGGACAGACCUUUGAGGCUUUACAGGAUGUGUCUCAGAAUGACUCGACCCAAACAAAUGAAAAAGACCAAAAAAAGAACCCAAAACGCACAAACUAGAAACAUCCAAGCCACACAGGUCAACUGAACGGGACUGUAACAGAGCGGGACAGAAAUGGGACAUUGUGAAAUAACUCAUACAGGCAACCUUAUAGAAAAGCGGAAAAUCACUUUUUUUUUUUAGUUCUUUUCUUUCUCAGUUCACAAAGAUUAUUUAUUUAUCUUUUUAUUGGACUCAAUCUUAAAGUUAUAGUUUUCUGUCCGCACAGUAAAAGUUAACCUCAAAACCAG